CCCGAUUCAUAUUCAAUUAUAAAUAGGGGCAACUCCAUAGAGCAAGGAACGGCAAAAGGUAAGCUUCUUUUAUGUUAAUAGUUUUAUUCGUCCUGCUUUUGGUGUUUUGCAGGAAUAGAGAGCUGCAAAAGACUGGCCACCACCGCAAAUUGCUGGUCCUGCCGGCAGCUGGGGCUAAUUCGAGAUUCCUUUUGCUGUGAGAAGAGAAACUGAAUGUUUCCAUAGCCGCAAUAUCUGUCCUGGUGAAAUGGUUUGGCCGCCGUUCUUGUUUUAUUGCCGGUUCCAUCGAUUGGGCUUGUGAUUUCCGGCGAGGAGGAGAAGUUUGGUCGAUCAUGUGUUCCGUAGAAGGUGAGCGUUGUUCGCUGCACUUGGAAGAAGGAGAACCGGCAACAAUUUUUUUUUUCGGGAUGAUGAUUCCGUCAGGAGCUGAGUUUGUGAUAUCGUUGGCUAGACUUUUGUAGAUGCAGCGGACUGAGAUUUCAAGGAGAAAGGAACCCGUCGCUGGUGCCAUUCACGGUUCGCUGGAGAGAGGAGAUGCCGUUGUUGCAGACUUGGAACUUCGUUUUCUCUGGAAGUCGGUGCUCAGAGGAGGUUGAUUUCAGGAAGGAGUUCUGCAGGCAGAUUCUUCCGGAGCUGUAGCGUCUGCUCUUAUUCUUGCCGCUAAUGCAGAUUGAAGCUUGAAAGCUAUUUGGUGUUUGGAAGCUAGUUGGUGUUGGAGAAGAUGCCGAUGCCUCUUGCCGGACUGCUCGUGUUGGAAGCUAGUUGGUGUUCGGAAGCUAGUUGGUGUUGGAAAAGACGUUGCCGCCUCUUGCCGGACUAUUCGGGUUGGAAGCUAGUUGGUGUCGGAACUCGGAAGCUAGUCGGUGUUGGAAAAGACGCUGCCGCCUCUUGCCGGACUGUUCGGGUUGGAAGCUAGUUGGUGUCGUUGUUUGAAGGCGGUACAGGAGAGCUAGUUGGUGUUUGGCAGAUUGCUGGGGUCGGAUGCCGCGGAAGCUAGUUGGUGUUGACGACAGUGCUGGCCAGAGUAGAAUUCUUCCGGCGCUGCUGCAGUUGGAGGUGUGGCUGAUGUUGUGCCAGCUCCUAGGGGAAGCUUGGUGCAGUGGUGUGGACGCCAAGAAUUUGGGGAAGACGCUGAGCCUGAUUUUUGUUGCAACCGCCGUUUAUUGGGCUGAGACGAUGUUGUCGGUGCUAUUGCCGUCGGAAAUUGAUGCCAGAAUCCGUCCAUUCAAUCGCUGGUGGAUGGUCGCUUUGAGAAGAAUGUUUGCUGGUGCUAUGCCGAUUUGUUCACACUGGGGUUCUCACGCUGGUGCAAAAGAUGCUGCGGACAGAAUAGAUCGAUCGAGGAAGAUGAUGAGACCAAUUUCAUCGCUAGAGUCAUUCGUUGGAGAUGCUGAUUCGUGCUUAUGUCCGCCGGCAAGCUCGAUCAAUUUUGCCGUUCCGUGAGGAUGAUCUGCGGCUAUUGCUGGAGAAUGAAGUCGGAUGUUGCUGUGUAUUUGCUAGAGCUCCCAACUUUGCUUUUUUUUUCCUGAUAUUUUGGGCCAUUCUCAAAUCUCAAAACGGAUAUAUCAAAACAAUGAGGGACAAUCAAAUCAGAGCUGCUUUACGUAUAUACUGCAUUAGUUGUCCACUUGUAGGAGAAAUUAGGAGCUCAGUAUUCAGCCAUUUCAAACGACUUGAACAUGGUGCCAUUCAGUGAAGAAGAAGAAAGAGCUUGGUCGGUUGCCGACUGUCAAUCGUCGAUGGUGCUUAGCCCUUUGUUGGGAUGACAACGAUUUAAAGAAUUAGGCCGAUUCCCGAUUGUCGGCGCCGCUUAGCCCUUUGUUGGGAUGACACCGAUUUAAAGAGUUAGGCUGAUUCCUGAUCGUUGUUGCUGCUUGGGGCCCUUUGUUGGGUUGGUGGCACCGUUCUAAAGAAUCGAGCCGAUUUUCUCUUGGGGCUCUUUGUUGGGUUGGUGGCACCGAUCUGAAGAAUUUUGUUGAAGUCAUGUAAAUACGAAGCCGUAUCGAUGCCAUUUAUGAAGGGCGGCUAUUUUGCCAUUUUAAGAAAAGCGACUACUUCGCCGUUGAUGAAGGGCGGCCAUUCCGCCAUUUAUGAAGGGCAUCCAUUUCGCCGUUUAUGAAGAGUAUCUAUUUCCUUGUUGAUGAAGGGCGGCCAUUCCGCAGUUUAUGAAGGGAAGCCGUUUCGCCGUUUGUGAAGGGCGUCUAUUUCCCCGUUUAUGAAGGCUGAAACGCCGUCACUUUCAACAUCAUUGAGACAAUGGCGCAGAUAGAAGAUGAUGUUCAAACCUAAGUUCAAUCAACUUUCGGUGAGGAAUAGACCUGAGAAUUCCACUUCUUGGUAUGACUUUGAAAUUGAGGAGAUUGCAAACAUUUUUCAUUAUCCUUUUGCUGAUAUUCUCCUUAAAAAAAACUUAAUUGGUGUGUGUGUUGUUAUAACUGAACUCAAAAAUGAAACUUUUGAGCUGCCUACGUACUCCUAUGAAGGAGAUCAAGUCAAACGUAGUUCAUAGGUACCAUUUGAAUUGGUAAUCUAAAAAGAGGUGGGGUACCGUACACAUUUUAAACUCUCGUGGGCCAAGAGUAUCUAUGAUUAUGCUCACCCAUAGACAAAGUGAGAUGUUUUAGCAGUUUAGCCACUUACAACAUCAUUGGUGGUUUAAGCCUUUCAACACUUUAUUUGACAUAUAUAUACCCCAACAUCAAGGGUACUGAAUCUUCAUAUUGGUCUUCA